AUGAUCCGGCGCUACGCGGGGCGCAACGACGUGCACCUGACGGGCGUGCCGGCACAGACGUGCCGCCGCACGUCGGACGCCAUCACCAACCUGGCCCACGAGAACAACGGCAUCAAGAACAGGGUGCGGCAGGAGGGCGGCAUCCCGCCGCUGGUCAGCCUGCUGCACAGCGUGGACCCCAAGGUGCAGCGGGCGGUGGCGGGGUCGCUGCGCACGCUGGCCUUCAAGAAUGACGAGAACAAGAACAUCAUCGUGGACCUGGGAUCCCUGCCCCUCCUCAUUCAAAUGCUGCGCGCGGAGGACACAACCAUACACUACGAGGCCGUGGGCGUGAUUGGCAACCUGGUGCACUCCAGCGCCGUCAUCAAGAAGCGCGUGCUGGAGGAGGGCGCGCUGCAGCCCGUCAUCAACCUCCUCUCAUCAAGCUGCACAGACUCGCAGCGAGAGGCGGCGCUGCUGCUGGGGCAGUUUGCCACAGCCGAGGGCGACUACAAGCACAAGAUAGUGCAGCGGGGCGCGGUGCCGCCGCUGAUAGAGAUGCUGAGCAACGACGACAACCAGCUGCGGGAGAUGGCGGCCUUUGCACUGGGCCGCCUGGCGCAGAACAGCGACAACCAGGCGGGCAUCGUGGCGCAGGGGGGGCUGCCGCCGCUGCUGGACCUGCUGGAGACGUGCCAGUCCAACCUGCAGCACAACGCGGCCUUUGCGCUGUACGGCCUGUCCGACAACGAGGACAACCUGCUGGAGUUUGUGAGGGAGGGCGCGGUGCAGCGCAUCCACGAGUGCGAGCUGGUGGUGCAGGCGUCCAAGGACUGCGUCAACAAGCUGACCAAGCGGCUGCAGGACAAGCUGUCCACACGCAUCCUGGGCCAGAUCAUGUACGUCAUGCAGUCCAGCCAGGCGGCGGGCAAGCAGCGCAUCGCGGUGGCUCUCUCCCAGCUGACCUCCAAGGAGCAGCCCAGCGGCGCGCAGCUGCGCCUCAUCUUCCUGGAGAAGAAGGCGCUGGACGUGCUGCUGGACAUGGUGCAGGACCCUCACAUGCCCGUGGACAUGCAGCGCUCCGCCGCCAAGUCGCUGUACCGCCUGGCGGAGAGCUGCGGGGCGGCUGACCGCGCGUCGGUGGACGACAUCAUGCCCAAGGAGCCCACGGUGGGGGGCGGGCGCGGGGAGCAAACGCUGCUGGGCGUGGCGUAUGUGAACAACCCCAAGUCCAGCGACGUCACGUUUGUGGUGGAGGGGCGCCCCUUCCACGCGCACCGCGCGGGCCUGCUGGGCAGCUCCGAGAUCUUCCGCACCAUGUUUGACGGGCACUACCGCGAGAAGGACGCCUCCACCAUCCCCAUCCCCAACAUCCGGUGGGAGGUGUUUGAGAAGAUGAUGGUGUGCAUCUACACAGGCAAGGUGGAGGUCACCCCGGAUCUGGCCCAGGAGCUGCUGGAGGUGGCCGACCAGUACAUGCUGGAGACGCUGAAGCACCUGUGCGAGCAGGCCAUCACUGACCAGCUGGCACCCGACAACGUCAGCGCCGCCUACGACCUGGCCGACAACUACAAUGCGCCCGAGCUGAGCAAGCAGUGCGCGCUCUACUGCCUGCGCGAGCAGCCCGAGAUGGUCAAGGGGGGCAGCAAGACCACGCCCGCCUCCUACGCAAUCGUCAUGCAGAAGAUGGCGCCGCGCCUGCGGGAGGCCGUCACAGACGCCAUCAACGAAAAGAGCAACGCCAUGGUGUCGUGA